AUGGACUCUCGUCACGAUUCUGAGCAAAGUCAGCCGCAUAAUCGACAAAUUGUUGUGUGCAUCUCAGGAAAGCGUAAAUCCGGUAAAGAUUUCGUAUGUGAUCGGUUAGCGAAACGUUUGCAAAUGUCGAAUUUGAAAGUGGUGAUACGUGCGAUAAGCGCUCCACUCAAAGAUGAGUACGCAUCGCUUUUCCAACUCGAUUCCGAACUACUCAAAACAGAUGCUCCUUAUAAAGAAUUGUAUCGCCGUCAAAUGGUUGCCUGGGGUGAGGAUAUUCGCCGCAAAGAUCCAUCCUACUUCUGCAGUUAUCAACAAGAAGUGCAUACGAAUGAUAUAAUGCAGCAACGUUAUAAAGAAGGGUACCGCAACCAAUGA